CAGCGCUGGAGUUGGCCUUAACACCAGAGCUUUCAAUCAAUCAUUCUAAGGCACCCACUGGCUUACAAAUAAGAGACUGAGAGAUGGGUUUUUGGAGGAGGUACCAGGUUACACAUUAACACAAGUCUUCCUUUUCCUCAGGUUUUUGUGUUUGGAAGUUUUCAAGAUUCUCUUUGCUGGGUAUAACAAGUACUAUUCUUUUAUGCCUGUUUCAAGUUUAUUUCCAGAUUCCCCUUUUUCUCGCUGGGAUUUUUUAUAUGUAGUGAGAAAUAGGAGAAUCUCUGAAGAGUUUGCUUUGUUUUUUUGAUCUCUUUCUUUCCCCGACUUUCUGGGACUUCUUGUUGUUGUUUGUAGUGCUAAUAUAUGCUUAUUUUAGAUUAUUGUUAAAGUAUGUUCUUAGGAAAGCUGUAAGUUGGAGUGCUUUCAAUUCUUGGCAGAUUUAUUUCAGAAAAUAAAAAUUGACACUUUGUUUUAGGCUGCUUCAUAUAGUCUUUUUUUUUGUUAGGAAAGAGCUAAUUUGUCAACUCUUAACUUUAGGGAGUCAGUGCCCUGUUUUCUUAAAAUGAUGCCUUGAGUUGGUGCUGAAAAUGGCUGAAAUUAGAGUUUCUAGGGUAGAGCAAGGCCAACCCAAGAUUAGAAAUGUCCCAAUUGCAGUGACCCCUGAAGGUUUUUGGUGUUGUCCAUCUCCUGUUGUGUUCCAAAAGACUCUCAAAUCUCAAAAGCCUCUAAACAAACCCAAAUCCUCCUCACCAGCACCCAAGAUUACUGUUCAUAAGAAUCAAAUCCCACUAACUGAGAAGAAGUCAGUGAACACCCCGAUAAGGUCAGCAGUUACUUAUGAUGAUCAAAGAACUUCUACUCCUGUUAAUCAUGGUAUUAGUACACCGAUUGUUCCGGAGAGAGUGCCAAGGCCUAAGGUGGAACAUAUGCCUAGGAAUGUGGCAAUUGAGUACGGUGAACCGGGAACCAGUGAUAUGAAGGUGAUUCUACUUGGGAAGCAAGGUUUUCGUGUGAAAUUGAGCGUCCACAAGAAAGUUCUACUGGAGCAUAGCUGUUUUUUCACUGAUAAACUUUCUGAACAAGAGUCUGAUUUGUCUUGCCUUGAAAUUGGUGACUGCGAGGAUGUAGAAAGUUAUGUCGAAACUUUGGGAUUGAUGUACUGCAAAGAAAUGAAGCUGCGUUUAAUGAAACAAAGUGUUUCACGUGUGCUCCGUAUUCUCAAGGUUGCUGAGCUCCUUGGCUUUAACUCGUGCAUACAAUCAUGCUUGGAGUACUUGGAAGCAGUUCCUUGGGUUGGCAAAGAGGAAGAAGAAAAGGUGAUCUCUUCGGUUUUGCAGCUACACGGUGAAGGUGAAGGUGUCGUGGUCACCCCAGUAUUAAAGCGCAUCUCUUCUAAUGUCUAUAAUCCCCCCAACGAAACUAUUUCUCGCAUAAUGGAACUUGUUCUUAAAAGCAAUGAGGAGAGAGGCCGGCGUGAAAUGAAAUCUAUAGUAUUGAAGCUUCUUAGGGAGAAUAAUAGCCUCCCAAGUUAUGCUGGUCCAACUGACAUCUGCAAUGAAACUGUUUAUACUUUGUGCAAAAGCUGCUUGGAUUCACUCUUAUCUCUGUUCAAACGAGCAGCUGAACCAGAAUCAACUGAUAAAACCACGGACAGCGAAGAACCUGUGGUGAAACAAAUAGCUUUGGAAGCAGAUAAUCUCACAUGGUUGCUUGAGAUUUUGGCUGACAGGCAAUCAGCAGAUGAAUUUGCAUUAAUUUGGGCUAGCCAGCAAGAGUUGGCUACAUUACAUUCAAAGCUGCCCAUUGUGUCUCGAUACCCUGUUAACUGCAUUACAGCUAGGUUAUUUGUUGGAAUUGGAAAAGGGGAGCUGUUACCAGUGAAGGACACCCGCCAAUUGUUGUUACAAACCUGGUUGCAUCCAUUGAUCAAUGACUACAACUGGUUGCAACAUGGAUGCAGGUCAUUUGACCGGAAAGUUGUGGAGGAAGGCAUUGGGAGGACGAUUCUCACGUUGCCUCUAGAGGAUCAGCAGAGUAUUCUGGUUGCCUGGUUGGGCAGUUUUCUCAAGGCUGGAAACAACUGUCCAAAUCUUCAGAGGGCUUUCGAGGUAUGGUGGCGACGAGCUUUCAUCAAACCUUAUGCAGGCGCCAAAGGCAAUGUACUCCACUCUGAUAGCUCAGUGACUUCAAAGCAGUAAGACUAAAGAAACAACAAACACAAGUGCAACCAUAUGUAAAUUAAUUGGAAUAACCUUUUGCCGUAUUUCUUCGAUACCAAGUGUGCUCUGGCAAGUACCUGUUGCACUAUUUCUCAAUUACCAAAGAGUUGACGUUGGCGAGUCUCCUUGGAUAUGGCCUGCUUCAGGUUAUGUUUUCUGCUAGAAUUUAAAUAUGUAAUGUAUGUAACAUACUUUGUUUUGAUCUAGCAAUUCUCAGAAAGAUAUUCAAUUUCAAGAUUCGCAGUGUUUUAUUGU